AUGGCGCCGAAGAAGCUGACGGACUGUCCGGAAAACCUCCGGGAGUCCAUCGACUGGCUGAUACAGGUUAAGAAUGGUGGUGAUGGCAGUGGUCUUGAGAAGUUGGCUGAAGCUUUGAAACAGUUGAUUGGUGAGGCUAUUGAAAAUGCUGAAAAGAGCGUUACUCAUAAGAAAAGAAAACUUGAAUGCUCUCCAAAUCCUUAUGAUCCGCAGUCCUACUGUAGUCACCUUGAUGAGCAGAUUAAGUUAAAAAAUGAUGAACUUCAAAAAGCUAAAAUAGACUCUAAUAAAUCUCUAAUAUCCUCUUUAGAAGCUGAAAUACAGCGCUGUAAAUCCAACAAAGAUGACUGCACUAAGUCCCAUUUCAUGGACGAGCAGCGUAUGUCCUCCCUUGAGGGGGAAGUGCAUGAUGGCAUUGAUGUUAUUGUGAAGCUUACACAGUUUAGUGGCUCUGAAAAGAGCAUUAUAGACCUAAUUAAUAAAGAAAUUAAGAGGCUUGAAAAGCAGCAUAAUACUUGUGAAAAGUCUCCGCAGCCUCAUCCCUCUUCUGACUGUCCUCAGCAUAAAAAGCUUGAGGAGCUUCGAAAGAAACGUGAUGAAAUUAGCACUAAUAAAAAUAAUAGUAAUUGUGAAACAUUAUUAAAUAACCUGUGCUCUGGCUUGGAGAAGUUUCUUGGUUACCAAGAAACUUCCAAAGGCUACACGGGCGAGGGCAUCGUGUACUCCGACCUUGACAGGCUCUGCGACGGGGUGAUGUCUUUCCUUCAUGGAGUUUUAGAUGAAGUUCAUACAAAUAAUAACCUUUCGCCUUAUAAAGAGACGUUGGAAAACGCUGUAAGCCUUUUAGAAACUCAUCGUCAUGAAGGCAAAACAGGUUUGCAUACUGUGAUUGGCACUGUCAAGUUGGGGAUUGAGCAGUGGUUGGGGGAUGUGAAUACUAAGAGUGAGGCGGUGAAAAAGCCGAUUAAAAACCUGGAAGACGAUGUAAAUGCCUUUUUCAAAUACUUUGAGACACUAAAGACUGAUAAGGAAUAUGACGCCGAACAGAGUAAUUUGCAGUCUUCUAUUAGGUCUGUCAAUCAGCUUUCCUUAGAUGUCCAUCACUCCACUGACGCACUUAUGAACGUUGAUAAAAUGCUUGAAAAAGAAUUAAAACCGCAUGUGGAUUUAAUAUUUGAAUCUGUUAAGGCUUUUAAGGACUCCACUAAGCAGGAUCACGAUGGGCUUGUUAAGGUAUGUAAGAAGGUGGAUGAGGAGUUUGGGGAGUUGGAUAAAAAAGUGGAGGAUGGGUUGAGUGAGAGUAAUAAAAAUGGUUUAAGGUAUAAGUUCAAAGAGGGAAUUGAGAGCAUCCUUCAACAGAUUGGGAAAGAACGCAAAGGCAGCCUAUUCCAUUCAAUUGAGACGGCAUUACGAGAAAUGAAUGAGACAUUGGAAAACGAGGAAGGGAUUAAAGGCCUCAACAAAGUUGCGGAUAACGCCGGGGGGUUGGCAGAUACUGUAUGUGGCGGUUGGGAUCUGCUUAAGAUUGAGAUUACGAACCUUGUUAACAAGAUUAAGGGAGAGGGGCGAACAAGUGAUGGAGUUCCAUACACUAAUGGUCUGACGCAGAUCAACAACGGCAUAAAAGCGUACGCGCUGGAGUUUACCAGUGGAACGUUUGUCACUGUUCUUACGCAAUGGAUUGGGGAAAUCGUGGAUGAAGGGGUGGUACACGGUAAAAUUUAUGCGUAUGUUUUAAACAACGGUCCUAAGUUUCAGGAUGCAGUUGGGCGCUCGUCUGAGAAAACUGCGGAAGUGAAAGCAGCCAUUAAGGCUAAAUUUCCAUUGCACAUUAUUACAGAUAUUCAAAGCGUUGCACAGCGAACGCUGCAAGGCAUAAAGGUGGGUAACGUUGGUGAACAGUUCCAAAGAUUUGUCGAGGAGUUAGGAAUGCAAUUUAAAGGCAUUGAAGUUGAAAAUACACUUGGGGUGGCUGCGAAGGCGAUAGAGGAUCAUUUGAAAAGCACCAAUCCCAAACUACCCACAAAAGAUGAAAAUAUAAAACAAGCAGUCAAAGCCAUUAUCAAACCGCUCGAAAGAAGAUUUCAGCAGGUCGCCAACGAACUGCAGCGAUUCACUGCAACGUCUCAGAUUGCGAAUUUGACAGCGGCCAUAUCAAAUGUUGAAUUAAUUGGCAAUAAAGUUGACGAAAGCAAGGACGCAUAUAACGACGGUUUUGGCAAAAAAAUCGACACAGCUCUGGAAAAGGUGAAAGCAAAAAUUCAGGCGCUGGAUGUUUUAUUUGGCAAAACAGUAGGCGAUGAAGGCUCCAUUCAUAGUAUGCUCAAAGGAGUCACCACAGACCUUGAAGCGCUUAAUAAUAUAAAAAAAGAUGGGUCCGUGGGGAAAAUUAAUUUUCGAAAAAACCAAAUUGUCGUCGCUCUAGAUACUAUCAGAAGAAAGAUAGUUCAGGAUAUUAAUGCUGUAAUUAAAACCCUGCAAGUUGCCGAUAAGCAAUUAACAGUAUUGCUAAACGACCUAAGCAAAUCACUCACCAAAUUCCAAGAAACAUUCCUCCAAGAAAUUGAAUCCUUCCACGCCGCCUACAAACAACGUUCCUCCGAAGCCAAAAACGCAAUCAAACGCCAAGCCCUCUCCCAGUUCGCCCACUCCAAGGCCCGCGCGCUCGAGCAGCUGAAGGAGUUGGUGGAAGAACAAAACGAGAUAAUUCUGAAUAAAAUUCAUAUAGACACCGAAACGGGAUUAAAAGGAUUCAUGAAAAUAUUCAACGAGAAACUGGUUGAAAAACUUCAGGAAAUAAAAACGAUUACACCUACGGAAUUUACACCAGAGAAGUCUCCGCUGAACCAAGCUGCCGAAAAAGUAUGCGUCGGCUUCGAGAUGUUUUUCGAAAAAUUGGGAAUACAAAGAAAGGAGUUCGAAGGUUUUCCACCAGGCGUCAUUCAGCCUGACGCCAUGUUCCCUGGGGUGUCCAAAUAUGAGAGUGUAACUAACGCCCUGCUGAAACUUCUUGAAGAUCUUCAUGCAUCCAAACACUUCGACCACAAUUUCAGUGAUCACCUAAAAUCCCUCAACACAGCACUAUCUACAUUCGCCCCCGCCAAAUUCACUGACCCCUCCAGUCUCAUCCUGCAAGCGCUCAAGGACGGAAUCGGCGCCCUGGCCAAGCAACUCGGCUACGCAUAUGUGAGCACGUACUGUUGUCAGAAGUUUGACGGUGCGUUGCUUGAUCCUGAGAUUUCCACUGCGUCAGACGACAAACGCAAAUUGACUGAGUACGGCAAGAUGCUGUCUAAGGUUUUCAUGAGCUGUCUGCCUGGUUGGCUGAAGCAUCUUGCACACCUUAAAAAACAUUGUGAUAAAAAUCCCAAGAAGGGUCCGUGGAAUGAUCUUAAAAUUACUAAGCAUGGUAAAAUCCUCUCGGUCAAUGGUUCACGGACCGCGGCUACGACGUGUCUGCUGAUGCAGUUAAGCCAAACGGGGAGUUGA